AUGUGUGCUCACGCCUUCUGGUCCUGGUCGCUUUCACCGGAUACCGGCUCCUCCACGCAGACGGAUAGUGUUGAGCCUCAAUCCAAGCGCGCCAAGGGUCGCUCGGGCAAGCCGAAUGGCAAGGGCAGUAAAGCUGGCACACCAAAGGCUUCUCGUUCCCGCAAGACUUCAGAAAGCACAACCAGUGCAUCGGGCACGGCCAGUCUGGUCGAGCCGCUCACCGGCAAGCGCAUCGUCGUUGGUCAGCUCUUGAUGGGUUGCGUCAAGUCGGUUGCCGACUUUGCCGUGCAGAUUAGCCUUCCCCAUGGUUUGCAGGGCACGCUGCAACUGAGCGACGUCUCGCCGCACUACGUUGCCUAUCUUCGUGGCAAGGCCGCUGACGCCGAAGAUGCCGAAGCCGCCAGUGCUUCAGAGGAUGAAGAGUCAGAGCAGGAGCAGGAGCAGGAACAGCAGGCCAAUCAAAGUAGCCAGGCUUCCGACGAGAUUGUUGUCUCCAUGUCACGGCUCUUUCAUGUCGGGCAACAGCUUGUCUGUGCUGUCAAAGCCAAAGAGGACAAACGCUUGCUGCUUACGACAGACCCACGCCUGAUCCAUGCCAACUUGGAUGUGGAUGAUAUCUUGCAAAAGGCGCAUCGCUCGCAAACCCCUCAACUACUCUCACUGACACUCAUGGAUUCGCGCCAUUGGUCCCCUCCGUGCGCUCACUGUCAGGGGCGCCUGCUACCGGCUUGCGUGCAAAGCGUUGAAGAUCACGGUUAUGUCGUGGAUCUUGGCAUUGACGGGGCUCAAGGCUUCCUGCCUACCAAGGCUGCCAAGUUGCACGUCAAGCAGCUUGGCCGUAAUCUUGUCCCCGGUGAACCCCUGUUCUGCGUCACAACUGGCACCACGGCUGGCUCCACUCGCGUCGUCCAAGUCUCAAUCAACAUUUCCAAGCUGCGCACCGCUGAGCUCUCAACCAAUGAGGCAGUCAUGUCCACACUUCGUCCUGGUCUCCAAGUGCGCGGCAAGGUGCAACAGGUUCACGCCAAGGGCUUGGUGCUGCAAAGCGGCGGCUUCUCCAUUGGCAUUCAUCAUGUGCACUUUGAUCAAUUGCCAACUGAAAAGAAGACUACGGAACAGCUCUACACGGUGGGCCAGACCCUGACGGCUCGCGUCAUUUUCAUCGAUCUCGCCAACAAGGUCAUUUUGGCUUCCUUGCGUCAGCCACAUUUGCAAAUCGACGACUGCACAUUGCCUCUACCCAUUGGGACUCGCUUGCCUUCCUGCCACGUGCGCUUUGUGGAUCAAGCUUUUGGUGUUUUGGCCGCCGGCCAGCCUGCACCAGGCCAUGCUCGUGGCGUACCAGCCGAGGAAGAUACCCCUGAAGUGCUGGGGUUUGCCCACAUCUCGCGCCUGCUUGAAGAGCAUGUGGAGACAGUGCCCAAGUCCUUCCGCCGUGGGACGGCGCACGAGGGACGUGUCGUGGCCCAGCAGCCUUUUGACGGCAUCUACUCCUUCUCUUUCGCACCAAAGGAUUUGAAGGUCCCUUUUCUCGCAGCUGAGAGCAUUGAAGUUGGCCUUCUCGUGCAGGGUUCGGUACUCUCGCUCAUCCCUUCAGGCAUGGUGAUUGAGUUGGCGUCGGGCAUUCAAGCUCGCGUUCCCUCGGAACACCUUGCCGAUGUCAUGCUCACGCACCCGGAGAAAAAAUUCAAAGCUGGCGACAAGGUCAAGGGUCGUGUGUUGUCCAAUGAGAAACUCAAGGGCUCUAAGCAUCGUAUUAAAGUGACUCUGAAGAAGACGCUUGUGCGCUCUGAUCUUCCCAUUAUCAAAAACAUGCACGAUGCGCAACCGGGCAUGCGUACCCAUGGUUGCAUCAGCAAGGUGAUGGACAAGGGCUGCAUUGUCAGCUUUUACAAUCAAGCACGUCGCCUAAGUGCACUGCCGCUUUUUCAGAACAAUGCCAUUUUAGCGAAUCGUGGGUGUAAAUUCAUGGUCGUCGAGUGUGGUGUGCUCAAUUGCGACCCUCAAGAAAAUUCGCUCAUCCUGACCUUUCGUGCGGCCAAAACCUCCGUCGCCGACCGCGGUGCUCGCGACGCGCAACUGAAACGCAUUGAAGCGGGCUCACUCGAGGCAGUUGAGGUUGUCGCUGUCGCCGAGGACAUGCUGACCGUGAAAUUCGUGGAGUCACCCUUGGUACAGACUGAACUUCGUGCUGGCCAUCUCACUGACCACCCAAGCCUUGCCACUGCCUUGUGCCGUACAUACAAGAAGGGCGACAAGCUGGAAGCAGUCGUGCUUGAAAAGCGAGGCCGCCGCGUCACCAUCUCCUGCAAGCCUCAGCUCAAGGCUCAAACAAAGGUCGAGAGUUUGCCAAAGGAGCUUGAUGAUUUGAAACUAGGCCAGGUCUUCCCUGCCUACAUCCGCUCUGUUCUGGACUAUGGCUGCUUUAUCGGUACAAUUCACGGUCUAAGUGGAUUGGUUCCUCUGCGCCAACUGGCCAAGCGAUACGUGGACAAUCCCAAGGCCUUUUUCCAUCCUGAUCAAACAGUUCUUGUCGCUGUCUCUGAGAUUAACAAGGAACAGAAUCGUGCUGUUUUUUCAAUGAAGGAGGAUGUCAUCGGUGCCGUUGCCGUGGUCCCAUACAUGCAGUCACUGGCCAAAGACAUGGCGCGCUUCGCGGGUAUCAAAGACUCGCCUGGUCGCCGUGCCGCCCCCUAUCAUCAUGGCCAGGCCAUAUCUGUGCUGAUUCAGGAGAUCAAGCCCUUUGGCGUUGUUGGCACGACCAAAGACGGCGUGCCCAUCUUUGUGACCAAAGAGCAGCGUCAAGGCAUCGAGUGCGAGGUCGGCGUUGAGUUGCCAGGUCGCGUCUUGGAUAUUGACUACGAGAAGGGCGUGCUAGAUGUCACGCUCAAGCCCGAGCUCGUGUCCGCCAGCUCGGACAAUGGCAAGGACUCGAAAACGGGCAAGGGCAAGCGGAGUCAUCCUACCAAGCUUCCAUUCGCCAAGAAGGAGGAGGUGCAAGGGCGAGUCGAACUGGUCAAGGUGACGCACGCCGUCGUGUCUGGUCCCGAGCGCACUCUGCUUUAUUGCCCGACACAAACGUACAAUGACCGCCGCGAGCCGUUCAAGCGCUUUGUCGCUGGCAGCAAGGCCACUGUCACCGUCCUGUCCGUGGGCAACCCUGAAUUUGUCGUUGGCCAGGCCACCGUGCAAUGGGCCUCUCAGCGGAGCCAACUGGCUCUACUACCUCUUUACUUACAUUUCUGCAUGCUCAUUGUGCGUGACUGCUUCUAUGGCUGGAAGCAGGAGAGUGAGCCGACAACGAGCGAGCUGGCAGUAGGCCAAGUUGUCGAGGCAGAAGUGACCAAGGCCGGCCAGACGCAGCUGCAACUGCGUCUGCCCGAGAAGCGAUCAGGUCGCGUUUUGGCAACCGAGGUGCUGGAUGAGAAUGACACUUCGGCCCAGCCCUUUAAAGCCUACCACAAGGGCGAUAAGAUUCAAGUUCGCAUCCUGGGCUUCCGGGAUCAAAAGACGCGGCGUUUCAUGCCCAUUACCCAAAAGUUUCUCAAGCGCCACGUCGCCGAGUGCUCCCUCAAACCAUCCGUUCUGGCCGCCAAGGAGUUGCCACCGAUGCUCGAGCGUGAAGCCGUGGAGGUUGGUCAGGAGCGGUGGGGCGUCGUGUCGGAAGUGGGCGAGCGCUGCCUUUGGGUUCUGCUCGCGCCAAACGUGCGCGGGCGCAUCAACCUUGUCAAUCUGGGUGCGGCUGCCACUGACCCAAAAGCGCUGAAAAAGCAGUUUGGCAUUGGUAUGCGGCACAAAUUUCGCAUCAUCAUCAUGAGCGAGAAGCUCCUCGAACUCGAACUGGCGAGCGAAUCAAGCCAAGAAAUUCAUGUUGGCAGUGUUGUGUCUGCUUCUCUCAAGCGCAUUGUCAACCGCUUUGGCAUCAUGCAUUUGGGCCACGGCCGAUUUGGUGCCGUUGACAUCACGGACGUUGACGACAAGCUUCAUGCCGAGCCUUUCAAAACUCUAGACCGCUCCAAGGUGUAUCGUGCGGUGGUCAUUGGUGGUGAGAACUUGGCAGCCACGGGCAACAUGGGCUCAGCUAUCGGGGACAUUCGGUUGUCUUUGCGCCCCUCGGAGGUGGAGGGCGACGCCGCAACGAAGGCAUCCGUGCUGCGCAUGGAAGAUGUCGACACCGAUCAAGUGCACCGCGGCGUGGUGUGCAACGCCACGGACGAAGGCGUUUUUGUCGCUCUUAGCCGAAAUGUAACGGCCCGUGUGCAAAUCGCCAAUCUCAGCGAUCUGUUCGUGCGCGACAUCAAAAAGGCUUUUAAGGUUGGCACGCUGGUCCAGGGCCGAAUCAUGGCGAAGACGGAUGGUCGUCUUGAAAUGUCUUUGAAGAAGUCGGAUGUCGAUCCUUCGGGCACAACUUUGCUUCGAAUUGACACGUUGGAACAAGGGCAACACGUGACGGGCGUCAUCAAGCGUGUCGAAUCCUAUGGCGUCUUCAUUGUGAUUGAUGACUCUGCCAACCUCACGGGCAUGGCUCACAUCUCAGAGUGUGCAGAUCAACGUAUCGAGGAUUUGAACAAGCUAUAUUCUGCUGGUGAUGCGGUCAAGGCUGUGGUUUUGAAGGUGGACGUGGACAAGAAGCGGAUAUCUCUGGGCAUCAAGCCGUCAUACUUUGAUGAUGCCGGCUUGCCCCAGGCCAUGGACGAGUCAGCAGAUGAGGCAUCCGCAGCUGAUGGUGACGCGAGCGGCGACGAGAGUGACGCAGAUGCUGACGAUGUGCUGGACACGGACGCCGUGGCCCUGCAGGAACGGGGCGCUGAUGCUUCGUCGGAUGAGGAGGACGAGGAGGCUGAGGACGAUGACGGCGAUAGCGACAGUGACGAGGAGAGUGAUGCCGAAGGCGGAGGUGCCUUUGCAUCAGCAUCGACCGCUCUCCGCGACGCCGGUGAUGCUCUUGGCACGAGCACCACUUCAGCCAACCCAUUUCAGCUGAUGUCUCAGUCUCUCUUGUGGGGCUCAACGACGGGGGGUGCCGGUGCCGGCGUGGAGUCAAGCAGUGAGGAUGAGGAUGACGAGGAUGAUG